AUGUAUAAUAACUUAAAAACAUUCAUCACAUUCACCGAAAGAGAAGGUUUUGAUAAAGAUCAAAAACUUGAAAGCUAUUUAUAUCCAGAUUCUUAUGAUGGAUUUUCAUUACUUGAAUUAUGCUGUUACUAUGGAGCUGAUGACUGUUUCAAGUUCUUGAGAACGAAAUUUAACUCAGAAAUAACUCGAGAAUGUCUACAGCUUUCAUUUUUAGGAGGAAAUCAAGAGAUCAUGAGCGAAUGUUUGAAAUAUCAAGAACCAGAUGAAUAUUGCAUGGAAAAUGCAAUUAUUUCGCAUAACAUUGAUUUUGUCACAUUCUUGAUAAAUGAAUACAAUAUAAAGAUCGAAUUCGAAGAUUGCACAAAAUAUAAGAAUCUUGAAUCAUUUUUAGUUUAUUUCGAUCAAACUAAUGAUAUUAACUAA